AUAAAAUAAAAGCAUGCCUGGAUAGGGUGCACAUGUAACAUUAAUAAAAUGCAAAAUGACUCGAUUAGCAAGUACAUAUAUCAAUCUUCUUAAUAGGAGAUAACUUGCAUUAAAAAUCAGCACCAACUAAUAAGAUCACUGUAAUAAUGUCUUAUACUAUUAACUUUCCACUCCCGACUUCUUCUUCUUCUUCACCUCCUCCUUCUACCUUCACCCCAUCCUCGACCCUGUUGCCAAUUAGUACUAAACACCUUGCACAAUUAGAAGCUUCCGAACACUUUCAGUACCAACCUACAAUUUGGGAUUAUAAGCAUUUUGUUGAGUCACCUAAGAAUAACUACUCGGUGAUCAUUGAGUUCAUUUAUAUAUGUCAACAUCUAUUUAUGAGUAUGUAUGCUAAUUACUUGUUUGUUUCUGUGUUUAUGUAUAUACAGUGCAAAACAGAUGCGGAAUUACUGAUGGAGAAAGAAAAACAAGUGAACUUAGUGAGGGUUACGCUUAAGGAGGCCGAAAAACCACUGGCAAAGCUUGAGCUGAUCGAUGUCAUUCAAAGUCUCGGAACGAGUUACAUUUUUGAGGAAGACAUCCACAAAAUACUAGAGAACAGGUUUAGGCUUCUUAGGCAGUAUGGUUUUCAUGAAUCUCAAAAUAUUUAUGAUGAAUUCAGACACGCAAUAGGUGGGUUCAAGGAAUCAAUUACCAACGAUAUUAAGGGAAUGCUGAGCUUAUUUGAAGAGGCGUGGUGGAACAAUUUGGGGGUUACAAAGAAAUUGAAUUUCACUAGAGACCGAAUUGUUGAGUGCUUCUUGUCAAAUGUUGGGUUUUGUUGGGAGCCAAAAUAUGCACGUUAUAUAGAAUGGCUCACCAAAAUCCUAAGCUUUGCUCUAGUAAUCGAUGACAUCUAUGAUGUUUAUGGAUCAUUAGAUUAA